AUGAUUUCAUUGAAAACAAUUGGCAUUUUUUUAAGCCUCCCUGUUAAGUUAUUAUGGGUAGUCAUUAAAUAUCCGUUUGUUGGAGGGAUAAAUAAUAAAUUUAAAAAUGAUUUAAUUAAUUCAUUGAAAUUAACAAUAUUUAGACUGGCAUUAGGAUUUCCAACUGAAGAUAAAGGUAAAUUAUCCAUCACAACAAAUGAAUAUCUUAUUAAUUCAAUAAUAGCUAAACAAUAUCCAAAUUUAACAGAAUUAUUAAAUAAUUAUGGUAAAAAUUAUGAUGAUAAUAGUAUUUGGAUAGUUGAAGCUGAAAAUAGACUGAAGCAAGAUCCAAUUUUAAUUUAUCUUCAUGGUGGUUGUUUUGUAUUUGAAUCUGCUCCUUCACAAAUAGAAGGAUUAUUAACAUUUUAUAAUUUAAUUGAUGAAGAAUAUCGUAAGAAAUUAUCGAUUUUAUUUUUGGAUUAUAAGCUUGCCAGUAAAGGCUAUAACGUUCCUUAUCAAUUAAAUCAAUUAAUUGAAACCUAUACUAAAUUAGUUAAUGAAGGAAAUAACAAUUUUAUAACAUUAGGUGAUUCAGCAGGUGGUACAUUAAUACUUACAUUAUUACAAAAAUUAAAACAUGAUGAAACGUUAAAAAGUUUUCCAUUUCCUAAGAGUUCAAUUAUGUUAAGUCCUUGGUGUAAACUUGUUCCUGAUAAUGAAGAUUAUUAUUUACCAAAUCAUUCUAUGCAUGAUAAUUCAACUUUUGAUAUGAUGCAAAUCCAUCAUUAUCAACAAAUGUUUUCAGUUCAAGGAAUAAAACAAAUUUUUAGAAACAAUGAUAUUAAAUCAUUGACUAUAUCACCAGGUAAUUGUAAUUAUUCAAUUUCGGAUUGGGAAAAGAUUCCUACUUUUAAUGAUCCUGGUUAUUCUACUUUAGUCAUUUUAGGUGAAGAUGAAACAAUGAGAGAUGAUAUUUUACAAUGGUGCAAAUAUGCUCUUGGUUCUACAUUAACUCCACAACGAGAAAGUUCUAAUGGAGUUUGGAUAUCUGAUAUUCAUGAAUAUAUUAGAGAUGAUAAACAAUUAUCCUAUGUUGACGUUGUAGUUGAACCUUUUGGAAUCCAUGAUGGAUUUUUUAUGUUUGAAAGUGGUUUACUUGGUGAUAUUAAUAAAGGUAAACCUGUUAAUGUGAAUGAGUUGGAUAAGAUUAAAUAUUUUGGAACUGUGAAAAUUGUUGAAUUUUUAAAUAAAGUUUUACUGAAUUCAGAAACAAAAAAGACAGUUUGA